AAGAAUUGAUGUCUUCGGUAAAUUUCCUUCUCUCUUCUAAUUACUACUACUAAUUUACCUUCGAAUAACGCAAUUUUCCGUUUCGCAUCGAUCACCGUUUCUGUAAUUAUCUUAUACAGAAUUUACAUUUUCCACGUAAUAUAGGUUUGAGAUCAAAUGAGCUGAGAUUUCUGUGGGCAAGCAAGUUGGAGCUGGUUCGAUUUGGGGCUUUCCUUUUAGUCUUUGUUUUUCUUAAAAUUUAAUCAUCAAAAGUAUCUUCCAGUGGAUACUUAUUUGCAUGCCAGCAAAUAGAAUUCAGUGAAAGAAUUGAUAAAAAGUUUUCUGAGGAAAGUGGAGGUGACAGUUUGAGGCAUAAAGGUUGGUGUGAAUAAUCACAUGCUCAGCUCAAUUAGAUGAGGAUGUAUCUUAAUAAGAGAUUGGUUUCGGGUUUCCCAUGGUUCCUCAACAUGCUAGAAAUUCUGUGAAAGUAACUUCAAACAAGAAUGGAGCUUGGUGAUGUUCAUAAUCGAUCUCCCAGCGGUGGUGAUGGACACAAUAGGUCGCCCUUUGGUAGCGAUUUAAACGAUAUUGAAAAUGGUCACACGGUCAAUAGAAGACUACAUACAAAUAAUGACAGCAGUCUAAAUCACGUGGACUACCAUAGCCUGUCAAAGAGAGAUACAGAGAACCCGGUUUCUGUUUCUGAUGUGGUGAAAACUUUGUUUCUAAUACUGGCCUGGUACGCAAUCAGUACAUUCUUGACACUGUACAAUAAGACGUUAUUAGGGGAUGAUUUGGGGAAAUUCCCUGCGCCACUGUUGAUGAACACCAUUCACUUUGUCAUGCAAGCGGCUCUCUCAACAGCCAUUACGUGGUAUUGGCCUGAAAUGUUUCACUCCUCUGUUAUGUCUUGGAGUGAUUAUUUUGCAAGAGUUGUACCAACAGCCCUCAGCACCGCAAUGGAUGUUAAUCUGAGCAAUGCAUCCCUGGUUUUCAUUUCCGUCACAUUUUCCACUAUGUGUAAAUCAGCAUCGCCAAUAUUUCUCCUUGUUUUUGCCUUUGCAUUCAGAUUGGAAUCUCCAAGCGUGAAGCUGUUUGGCAUAAUGUUUGUCAUUUCUGCCGGGAUACUAUUAACAGUUGCUAAGGAGACAGAAUUUGAUUUUUGGGGUUUCAUAUUUGUGAUGCUUGCUGCUGUCAUGUCAGGGUUCCGAUGGACAAUGACACAGAUUCUUCUCCAGAAAGAAUCAUAUGGCCUUAAAAAUCCUCUUACCUUGAUGAGCUACGUGACACCAAUUAUGGCAAUUGGAACUGGUCUGCUUUCUCUAUUGCUGGAUCCUUGGAAAGAUUUCAGAGAGAGCAAUUACUUUAACAGCUCGUGGAAUAUUGUCAUAAGUUGUUUGCUGAUGCUGUUCGGCGGAACACUGGCUUUUUUCAUGGUAUUGACUGAAUAUAUUCUCAUCUCAGUGACUAGUGCAGUAACAGUGACAGUAGCAGGGGUUGUGAAGGAAGCUGUGACUAUUUUGGUGGCUGUGUUCUAUUUUCAUGAUGAAUUCACAUGGUUGAAAGGGUAUGGCCUCACAACAAUCAUGUUUGGUGUCAGCUUAUUCAACUGGUACAAAUACCAGAAGUUGCACAAGAGCAAGAGGCAUGGCGGUUCGCCAACAGAUGGUUCGACAUCCAAGUAUACUAUCAUCGAGGACGUGGAUGAAGAAGAAAGCAGCCCGCUUACAAGCCCAAGUUCACAUUCUGACGAAUAAAUUCACGACUAAGCUAGUGAGUUCUCAUCCGCAUAUCUAAAUCAGAAGCUGGCAAUUCCGUCUGGUGACAGAGGUACUAGGAAAUGUGGCAUCAUUUUGAUUGCUGAGUUGAGUGAGCAUGUUUCGAUACCUAGGGAUCAUGUUUAGAUGCUCUGCGUUGCUCUUUGUGUUUAGAAGCUGCUAACUAGUUUUGGCAACAUGGAUAGCUGGUGACGUUGUUGAAAGGUUGGAUGAAACAAUGUGUGCACAACGUUGUACAGAAUUUUGUACUGAAAAGUGAAAGGAUCACUUUUCUUCUCAUGGAGAUUUUUUUUUGCAAUGUGGUCAGCAAAAAGCACACUUUUCAUCUUUUAUUAUACUGAUUGAAGAAAA